AUGAAGGAGCAGCGACUCCUAGCUCUGGCCACUCGAGCUGAUGGCCAUACGCAACAAUUGGCGACGAUUUUGACGCAAUCUGGAGCAGUAGAAACUCGUCUGGAUGGAUUUGAGGAGCAAAUUGGAACAUUGAAUGGACAAUUCACAGACUUGCUCACUGAGUUAAGACAAAAAGGACACCAUGCCGCUGCUGAGGACGUCAGAUUGCACCUGAUGGAUCAAAAUGUCAAUCGAGGCUUGUUGCUGCUCCCGAAUAGAGGCGUGGAGCCUAUGGAGCUCCAUGGACUAGGUUUAGAACACAUCGAGUUCCGGAGGGCAUCAUUCUUCCACUAA